AGUGAUCGUCUCUCUCUCUCUCUCUCUCUCAUUUCUCAUUUCUUUCUUCUGAAAACCCUAAUUUUCUCAAAUCUGAAUUAUCCAUAAAGCUUCGAGCUUUCUUGCUCACCGAUCAAUGGGUCGCGGCUCAGCAACCUCACUCGCUCCCGGGUUCCGUUUCCACCCAACAGACGAAGAACUCGUCCGCUACUACCUCAAGCGCAAGGUCUGCAACAAGCCCUUCAACUUCGACGCCAUCUCCGUCGCCGAUGUCUACAAAUCCGAGCCUUGGGACCUACCAGCUUUUGAUUCGAUUGUGUUUGUAGAUAAGUCGAAGCUUAAAGGCAGAGACUUGGAGUGGUACUUCUUCAGCAUGCUCGAUAAGAAGUACAGCAACGGCUCCAAGACGAAUCGUGCCACUGAGAGAGGCUAUUGGAAGACUACAGGGAAGGAUAGGGAGAUUCGUAACGGGACGAGAGCUGUAGGGAUGAAGAAGACGCUUGUUUAUCAUAAAGGUCGAGCUCCACGUGGCGAGAGGAGUAAUUGGGUUAUGCAUGAGUAUAGGCUUACUGAUGAUGAGUUGAAGAUUGCUGGUGCCCCACAAGAUGCGUUUGUGCUGUGUAGGGUGUUCCAGAAGAGUGGUACAGGGGAUAAGUACGGUGCUCCUUGUCUUGAGGAGGAGUGGGAAGAGGAUACAAUGACGUUUGCACCUGAACAAGAGGCUCUCAGUGAAGGAUUGGGCGUUGAUGAUGAUGUUUAUCUCGAGAAGCCUGAGAGUCUGGUGGUUUAUGAUGCCAUUCCUGUUCAGAGUAAUUACUGUCCUGGAGAAUCAAGCAAUAAUGUUGAGUCGGGAAACUGUGAAGACUCUGGAAAUAACAUUCCACCAGGGAACUAUGUUGUUGACUCUGAUGGUUACUUUGAACAAACUUUUGAGGAGGAUCAGAAGCCUAUUAUCCGGGACGGUAGCAUUCAGCCUUGUUCUCUGUUUCCGGAUGGUGUGCAAGAUGAGAAUGCGGUGAAUCUGGAAGCUUCCAACGAUAAUGUGUUUCUGGCUGAUACUUGCUACAGCGGCAUUCCUGUUGAUGAUGUUAACUAUAUGCCUGAGGAGCCAUUCAUCGAUCAUAGCAACAAUCUUCCACUCAGUGAUGGUCUCAGCGGUGGUUUACAAGAUGAUUUUAACUUUGAGGACUAUCUUAACUUCUUUGACGAUGAGGAUGCUCAGAAUUUGUCUCUUGAUGUUUCUCAAUUGUUGGGAUCUGAAGACCCUCUUCCUAACCAAGAAGGGCUCGACCAUAAGCAGUCUUCCCCUGAAGAACUGGAGGAGGUGGUGGAUAAAAAGGAAAGUGGCGAAGGAUCUUCCUCAAAACAAGAUGCAGAUGUGACGGACUUCGAUUCAGCUUCAAAGCACCCUUUCCUCAAAAAGGCCAGCCACAUGUUUGCUCCACCUUCAUUUACUUCUUCCCAGUUCCAAACAAAGGACGCUGCAAUCAGGCUACACGCAGCGCAAUCUUCAGGUUCGGUUCACGUUACUGCAGGUAUGAUCAGAAUAUCAAACAUGACAACUCUAGCAGCGGAUAGCAGUAUGGGCUGGUCAUAUGACAAGAACGGUAACCUCAACAUAGUCCUGUCUCUCGGCUUGGUCCAAAGCAAGACCGGAGGAAUUACAACAACAAGAGCUAUGUUGAUCUUCAUGUGUUUUUGGAUUCUCUUACUUUAUGUUAGCUUCAAAAUAGGAACCAUAGUCUCUGCUCGGUAAUAACAUCAAAAGUUGAAUCGUAUGGGGAAAAACUGUUCUAAGUGUUUGUACCUCUCUAAUUAUGUAGACUUCCGUCUGGCAGUGCUUUGCUGCCCAAUAGCUUGAGUUCUCUUUACAGUUUCUA